AUGGCUGCCACUGCUUCCGCUCCUCCGCCUCUCUCCUCUCCGGCGCUUGGAGUUGCCGAUCAUGAGGACAGCAACAUCUCCAGCCCCCUCAGUGAGGUUGACACUAAAGAUGACAACGACGAGGACAUCGAACACAUGAACCUCGAUCAUGAUGACGAAGACAGCGUCAGGCGCAGCCCUCGAAAGAAGCCUCCACCUGCCUCUGACUCGGACAGCGUCCUCUCUGACGCCCACUCCGACGUUCCCUCGGAUGGCAACGUCACAGAAGCUGAAACUGAGCGACUAUAUGAUACACCCAAACACCAGAGGCAACGAGACGUCGUGGUAGACCAAUUUAACGAGGGUCAAGUCUACGAACACACUCCUAGCAAGCUUCGUAGGACCGCCAACCUGCACAACGACGACGAGGACGAAUCUGUCAUAGACGACGACGAUGCUUCUACUGCCUCCCCCACAAUCGGCGAAGAGUCACCAACAAAACUUGCGAUCACACACAAUGCAGAAGAGGAAGACGAGCACAAAAAUGACGCUCAAGAGCGAAAGCGAAAGCGUUCACCCGGUGCCGAUCAGUCGGAAACCGAACAGCCGCUUAGAAAACGAGCAAGUUCAGAACAUGCGACUGAUGCGAACACUCCCCAGCAGCCCGAAGAGACUAUUCUGCAAGAAGAUGUGCCCACACCUGCGCACGAAAGCACCGGCACACAUACGCCUGCUGAAGACACUGAUGCUUCUCCCCGGAAGAGAUCUACCAACCGAGAGACUGACGUGGCAGAGCGUCUUUCACGUGCCGUAAAGAAGAACACUCGCGGAUCCAAACGAAAAGCGGUGGCAGCUGUUGCUGACCUUGAUCCCGACACCGACAGCGGAAGUCAUGAUGGCGCGCGCGACAGCGCCAGGGGAACAGACGUGGAUCACCACGACGAAGCUGAUGCUGAUGCAGACGAAGAAGUUGACUCAGCUACUGCACAUGAUGAAGAGCUGGAACGAAAACAAGCUGCUUUCAAGGAUUGGACUGUUAUCGAGGACAUGUUUGGGGUGUUUCGUGAUAGGCUCUACAAGGACCGACUUGAAAGACUGGAAGAAGAGGAACAGUCACUCCUUGCCAGUGAACCGACACAUCCCGAGUACCUAAACAUGAAACAGUGUUUAGAUGACCGACUAGAACAAAAACUGCGCGAAAUCAACAAUGAACACGAAUACCGCCUCAAGGCUCACGAAAGACGGUCUGUUGCCCAGAGAGCCCAAAUAUGGGGCCAGUACUACCAAGCGGUCCGCGAGAAGAGAGAAAGGACCUUAGAAGCACUUAACCAAGAGUGGUACGACAUCCAGACGGCAAGGCGAAGCGCGCACAGCUUGCAGGACUGCGGCUUGCUCUACCCCAAGGAUCCCGCACAACGCGUGAGAAAUGCGAUUGCCUACAACACCGAGGUCUCAGCUCUAGCUACGAUUGCAAAGUACGAAGGAUUCCCCGCUGGCCCUGAGAUGACCGGGGCGACACCGUCGGAAUUGGAAGAUGAUAUAGCUGCCAUUGAGCGAGCCAAGCGAUCACGACACAAGCCAGUAAGCCAACGACGCGAGGAAUACUAUGCUCAACCAUUUGACCGCCUCGGGCCCGCUGGUGAACAGUUCCUUCGAGAGACGCCGUGGGCCAAUCCAAAUCAUUUACUUCACAAGAUGCAUCCUACAGCUGCUUCAGCGGAGGCACCAGCAGACGAUAUGACCAGCCGUGGUGCGCCGCAAGCUUCUGGGCCUCCCGGCGCCCAAAUGACGCAGUCUCCUUUACUCCCGGCACGAUUGUCGGAGUCCCCAGAAUUGACACGAACGUUACUUAGCCCGGCUCACCAAGUCAAACGGGUCGGUAACAGCCUUCCCGGCGUGAACCGCGGUACAAAAACAGCAACUACAUAG